UACAAAAUAUCGGCUAACUCAAAGGAAAUAGGAACACGCUGAAUUCAGCAGUGAUUCUGCAAUGGGAAUACAAAAACUUACCCAGAUUUUCUUUGGGAGUUAUGUGAUCUACAGCAGAACAUGCCACCUAGUGAUUACAAUCCUUUUGCUUCCUUACUAUCCAGCACUGACUUUCCGAGCACCCCCUGUUGUCCCAGACCUUCCUUUUGUCAUGGGCUGGAAUGCUCCCACUGAAGUCUGUGCUAAGAAAUUUAAGGUAACAUUGGAUCUGAGCCUCUUUUCUUUUGUUGGAAGCCCUCAAAAAAGAGCCAGAAAUCAGAAUAUCACUAUAUUUUACAGUGACAGACUGGGCUACUAUCCUUAUAUAAAUGAAAAAACAGGUGAAGCUUUCAAUGAGGGGAUCCCCCAGUUGGCUUCUUUAAAGAAGCAUUUAGCCAAAGCAAAGAAAGACAUUGAUUACUAUAUUCCAUCAGAUGACAAAUUUGGUUUGGUGAUUAUUGAUUGGGAAAACUGGCGGCCCAAUUGGAUAAGGAAUUGGAAUACAAAACACAUUUACCAGACCCAGUCUAUUGAGCUGAUUCAUCAACUAAAUAUAAAAUUAAAUGAUAUUGAGGCCUGGAAAGCUGCCAAAACAGAUUUUGAAAAGGCAGCAAAGAUUUUUAUGCAAGAGACUUUAAGAUUGGGGAAAUCCUUGCGGCCAAAUCAUUUAUGGGGCUAUUAUCUUUUCCCUGAUUGUUAUAACCAUGACUACAAAAAUCCCAAUUACACUGGACGUUGCUUUGAGAUAGAAAAAGGAAGAAACAAUGAUUUGUAUUGGUUGUGGAAAGAGAGCACUGCACUUUUCCCUUCUAUCUAUAUAUCCAAGAAACUCAAGUAUUCUCAAAAGACUCAAUUCUUUGUACGGAAUCGUAUUCAAGAAGCCAUUCGAAUUUCUCAAGUAGUUCAUUUCAAGAACCCUCUUCCGAUUUUUGUAUAUGCACGUCCAGUUUUUAUUGAUGCCUCAUAUCAAUAUCUUUCUGAGGGUGACCUUGUAAAUACCAUUGGAGAGUCUGUUGCCUUGGGUGUCUCUGGAAUAAUAAUGUGGGGAAGUCUCAAUUUUACACAAAGUCAGAAAACUUGCACAGCUUUAGACAAUUACAUGAGGACGACUCUCAACCCUUACAUUGUCAAUGUCACUAUGGCGGCCAAAAUAUGUAGUCAGGUUCUUUGCCAGGGCCAAGGAGCUUGUGUUAGAAAACAUUGGAAAUCUAGUGACUACCUGCAUCUGAAUCCAAAGAGAUUCACCAUUAGAACUCAGCAGGAUGGAAGAUAUGUGGUUUAUGGAAAACCCAACCUUCAGGAUCUACAAGAAUUUUCAGAGAAAUUUGAAUGCACCUGCUAUGCAGGCUCGAAGUGUAAAAUAAAAGUCAACAUAAAAAGUGUUCGUGACAUCAAGGCGUGCAUUUCAGAAGGCAAUUGUAUUGAAACCUAUUUAAAUUCUAAGCCAGAUGACCAUACUUCCAGGCUCCUAAACUGGAAACAUCAAGUUAUUUUUGACCCCCGGAACCCUUUUUCUUUCUACUCUCCUGAUAUAGAGGAUCAGCCGAUUUCUAGCAUAGAAUAUGAUGGAUAUGCCAUUGACAGGGGUUAUUCUUCAAACAAUGGCAAUAAUAAUUCAGAGACCACAGUAAUCAGUUGUAAUUCUACAAUGAACUGUUCAGCUGAAGGCACCUAUGCGGACUCUGAAAAUGGCAUGGCUAAUGCUUCUUUUCAACAUAUACCUGAACCUUAUUGCAAGAGGGGGGAUGUGGCCUUUCGUCUUCCCACAACUGCCAAAGACAUCUAUGACCUGCGACAGUGGAGAGCCCCUGUCCUGUGA